AUGCAGUUCACCACCGCCCUCCUCGCUCUCGUAGCCAGCACCGCCUCCGCCGCAGUCCUUCCCCGCGACAACCAAGGCCAGUGGAACGUCGAGAUUACCGUCGGACCCGACGUUGGCCAAAUCUACCUCCACGCCGAGUUCUCAAACGACCAGUACGCCGAGCUGAGGAACACCUGCGUCGAGGCUCAGGACCCUUACCUCCACGGCUGCGACCAGUUGACAUUCGACUUCACCUACGACGGAAAGCUCGUUACCCUUCAGGAGACUCUGCCCAGCGGUGUUGUCGUCUACGGAGAGGCUGCUAUCGAGGUUACCACCGACAUUGGUGGCGGCCGUAAGCGGGACGACAUCGUCAUCCCUGUUUCCCGCGCCGUCGUCUAA